GGCAUGCGAAGAUGGUUUCUGCCAAGGAGCCAGCCACCGCCAUGUCCUCGGGUCUCUCCAUCGCCCUCCUGCACUGCCUCUGCCUGGCGACGUGUCUCAGCGGGCCGCCAGGGCAGAGCAAGAAAGAGGAGAAAUUAUGGCCGGAGAAUUUCACGAGCAUCCUGAACAGUCUCCUGGACGGCUAUGACAACCGGCUGCGCCCGGGAUUCGGCGGUCCUGUUACUGAAGUCAAAACAGAUAUAUAUGUCACCAGUUUUGGACCUGUUUCUGAUGUAGAGAUGGAAUAUACAAUGGAUGUCUUCUUUCGUCAGACGUGGGUAGACAAAAGACUAAAAUAUGAUGGCCCUAUUGAAAUUUUGAGACUUAACAACUUGAUGGUUUCCAAAGUGUGGACACCUGACACUUUCUUCAGGAAUGGGAAAAAGUCUGUUGCACACAAUAUGACAGCCCCAAAUAAACUCUUCAGGAUAAUGAGAAAUGGCACCAUCCUGUACACAAUGAGGCUUACAAUAAGUGCAGAGUGUCCCAUGAGAUUAGUGGAUUUUCCCAUGGACGGUCAUGCUUGUCCUCUCAAAUUUGGGAGUUAUGCAUAUCCAAAGAGUGAAAUGAUUUACACGUGGACAAAAGGACCAGAGAAGUCAGUGGAAGUUCCUGAAGAGUCUUCCAGUUUAGUUCAGUAUGACCUACUUGGGCAUACUGUGUCCUCUGAAACCAUUAAAUCUAUUACAGGUGAAUAUGUUGUUAUGACAGUUUACUUCCACCUCAGACGAAAAAUGGGUUAUUUUAUGAUCCAAACAUAUAUUCCAUGCAUCAUGACCGUGAUUCUUUCUCAAGUUUCAUUUUGGAUAAAUAAGGAAUCUGUUCCAGCUAGAACUGUGUUUGGCAUAACCACAGUGUUGACGAUGACUACCCUGAGCAUCAGCGCAAGACAUUCGUUGCCGAAAGUAUCCUAUGCUACUGCCAUGGACUGGUUCAUWGCGGUUUGUUUUGCCUUUGUGUUCUCUGCUCUCAUCGAGUUUGCUGCUGUCAACUAUUUUACUAACAUUCAAAUGGAAAGAGCCAAAAGGAAGACAGUAAAAUCCCUCAUUGAAUUUCCAGCUGCUCCAAUACAGAGAAAAAAAAGUACAGAAGAAACAGUCAUGAGUACAGAUGCCAAUUCAAACGUGAGGAAAAGAACGAAUGCCACGGUACAGUCCGAAGCCGAUGGUGGGAGCCGCAUCGAUACAAGACACAGCUCCGUGCAGCCUCCCUCUGUAACUCAGGGGUCUUCCGACAUUACAGCCCACUCCCUUCCUGCAUCGAGCCCAAACCCCUUCACGCGUAUCAGUGCGUCAGAGACGUUAUCUUCUGCGAGAGCUACCCCUCCAGCUCCUCCUUCCACCCCGACUCUAACGGGAUUUGUAUCCCAGCAUGCUGCAGCUGGAUCCCCCUCCAUUCAGCGCUUGCUUGGAUCCAGACUGGAACAGAUCCAGACCACCACACCUAAUACGUCAGGAGCAUCUGCAAAGCCAUCUGCUAUGCCCCCCCCUGCUCCCCCUGCCUCCCACUCUGGCACCAGUAAGAUAGACAAAUAUGCACGCAUCCUAUUCCCUGUUACGUUUGGAGCAUUUAACAUGGUCUACUGGGUGGUGUAUCUAUCCAAGGACACCAUGGAAAAAUCAGAAAGUCUAAUGUAGUUUUGCUGCUAUGUAGUAGUUUCUAAAUUAUACUCACAUUUGAUGCAGAGUUUCUUCUUUUGAAACUGUUGAAAGAGGUCAAUAAUUCUUAUUUAUAAAAGCUGUGUGCUACGUUCCCGUUGUAAAGGCUGGAGUUAUUGGGGAUAAUCAGUUAACUCUUACCAGAGUAAUGGGUGACGGAAUUGUCUUCCUCCCUUCAACUAGCAGUGAACCAUCACUCUCUUCAGACAGGCCACCCUGGCUACACAGAACUUGCCUUUGAGAGGAGCAUGAAGAGGAAACACAUCAAAGGCAGAGGCGCACAGAGGAGCUGUGCGGUGGAACACAUCCUGAUUGCCAGGGGUACGCACRAUGCUUGUUGCAAAUCCCCGAGGCACCAGCACUGCUGCCUGGACACAGUAUUUAUUGCAUCCUCAGAGUGCAGGGCCCAGGUCCUGGAUACUUGGGCAGUACUUGCUGGGAAGGGACUUUCUCUGCUAGUUUGAAGUGGGCAGGAUGGGGAGGUGGAAUAAGCAAUGGAAAAGGAGAGUAGAGUCCAGCCUUGGAGAAUGUGACUCCAGAAAAGUUAUGCAAAGGAGUUCUAGAGCUCCAUAUAUUUUUACUAACCAUUAUUUUUUUCAUUGCAGCCUAGGAAAUUCUCGCUCCAAAAUAUGGAGUGAACCUUGCAAAAUCUGAAAUCUGAUGCCACUUUUGAAACUGAAGUUUUUUUGUGUGGUAAAAUCCUAAGUUUGAUUCUUCUUUGACCUUCCUGAGCAGCUUGAGUGGAUUUGCUCCUAAGGUACAUGUCUUAUGGUAGAUCAGGCCCACAGUAUUCAACCUUUUACUUAAUUUUUUUGUUCUUUCAUUUGYGUAUGUUUUUUUUUCUUCUUUUUAGUCACACUCUCUUUCAAACUCCUACUUUUCUUUCUCCUCUUUUAUAUAAUGUUUGAAUCAUGUUAAAUUUUGCAAGCAGUUUUACAGGUGGCUUCAAAAUUAAGUAAAAUAAUUUUCUCUGCCCUUUGAGCAGAAUUAUUGUGGCACAUCUUUGAAUGAAGAAAGGAAAGAUACUCUUUUGUGAAGGGUUCAUAUUGCAUAAAUAAGAAUGUAUCUAGAGAGAUCAGGGGGGUAACACAAGGUGCAUUGGUGCAUUUAUAGUCCAUUGCUUAAACUACUGCAUAGAUAGGGCCUUUUUUUAAAUGGUUGAAAUUGCAAAAUGCAAUUGCCUAUCUUUAUUUAAAAAGUGAGCAAUUUAAACCUACUAGAAAUCUUGAUCUAUUCACCAGAGUGGGUGGAAGAUAUGCUGGCAAUAAAUCUAAAAAUGUUUGCACAGAUCCAUCUGGCUGGCAAAUGGCUGGUAUUUCUGUGCAGGUGAUAAGGACAAAUUAAAGGCCACGUUCUCAGCUGUGAUCUGGCUGUCUGGGAGCACCUGAACCUCCUUUAGGUGGAAUAAUCUCUACUUUGAAUAUAUUGGCCUAUCAAAUUGACAUGUGGGCAGCAAUCAGAGAUUUGUGCUGGGGGCAGAUAAAGGUGAAUGUUGUUUGGGUCUGGGCUUAAGGAACAGUCAAGUUAUUGAUAGGGGCGUGGGGAGGAGACCACAAGCAGCUGGAGUAAUUGAUGAAGUGCAUAGGGCUGCUGUGCAUUAUGUUGGGGUAAGAGUUGGUGUAAAAAGACUCCAGAGUGUUAAAACUGGAAUUGUGUUCUAUGUGCCUCUUUGUGCCUGUCCAAACCCUGAAGAUAUUUCACAGCUGAGAAUCUGACCACUUAAGUUAAAGGACAUGGCAGUCUGCAAGAAACAUGUAAUGAAAUGAAACAUGAAACGUAGUGAGGAUUCCAGGCUACUAUUUCCUUGUAUGUCAUUAAAUUUCAUAUGAUAGAAUGCAUAGGAUUUGUGGGUUUAUUUAUUUAUUAACUUCAUGUGCACUGUCAGGAUGCGAURUACGGUCCUUUACUUUUACAUUUAGAUGAAGCCUGAAAUUGCCACCCUCCUUAGGAAACGAUGAUACCUUCUCUAGUGUGGAGCUGCAAAUGCAGCACCUGUACGAGUUGUUUAUCUGCAUUAGUCUGCAUCUUUGGAUGUGUCUCUAGGA